AAGGCGAAUGUAAACAUGUCCGCGGCGGCGACAGCGAUGGAGGUCGACGGCGCCCAAGAGGCCGCCUGCCCCUCGGCCUCCAAGACUUCCCACGUUCCCUGGAUUGAAAAAUAUCGGCCAAUUACCUUCCCAGAGAUUGUUGGAAAUGAGGAGACGGUGGCAAGGCUCGAAGUGUUUGCCAAGCAGGGAAAUGUACCCAACAUCAUUAUUGCAGGUCCCCCAGGAGUGGGCAAAACCACCACUAUCCUGUGUCUUGCGAGGGCUCUUCUUGGGCCCAGCUUCAAGGAGGGGGUGAUGGAGCUGAACGCUUCAAACGACCGUGGCAUUGACGUUGUGCGAAACAAGAUCAAAAUGUUUGCCCAACAGAAAGUGACUCUACCCAAGGGAAAACACAAAAUUAUUAUCCUUGAUGAGGCUGAUAGCAUGACAGAUGGCGCCCAACAAGCACUCCGAAGAACCAUGGAACUUUAUUCAAAUACCACACGUUUUGCAUUAGCUUGUAAUUCCUCAGAGAAAAUUAUUGAACCAAUACAGUCUAGAUGUGCUAUGCUGAGAUACUCGAAGCUUACAGAUUCACAGGUUCUGGCUAAAGUUAUUGAAGUCUGCCAGAAAGAAGAUCUGAGUCACACUGAAGAUGGUCUGGAAGCCAUUGUUUUCACAGCACAAGGAGACAUGAGACAAGCCCUUAAUAAUUUGCAGUCUACAGCCCAAGGUUUCAGCCAUGUGUCUGCUGAAAAUGUGUUUAAGGUGUGCGAUGAGCCUCAUCCCCUGUUGAUCAAGGACAUGAUUCAACAUUGUGUCAAAACUAAAUUUGAUGAUGCUUAUAAGGUUCUGAAUCAUCUGUGGAAAUUGGGGUAUGCUGCAGAGGAUAUUAUUAGUAAUAUAUUUCGUGUUUGUAAAAAUACCAACAUGGCUGAGUACCUGAAAUUAGAAUUUAUAAAGGAAAUUGGCUACACUCACUUACGUAUUGUUCAGGGGAACUCCUCUCUCCUCCAGUUGUCAGGACUCUUGGCCAGAUUGUGUUCCAAGUCCCUUCAGCCGGCUGCAGCAUAACUUGUGAUAUGUAGAAAUGCUCAUGUGCUGUGUACCAUAACAUGCAAGGAAUAUUAGAAUUUUGUUACUUCAUUUAGAUGAAUUAUAUACACUAUUUGUAUGCCUUUUGAUAUAGGAGUCAUUCUGUGUUUGUAUGUAUUCAUUUUAUCAUAAUUGUAAGUAAUGCUGUAUAAUUUAAAAAGCAUUUUGAGGAGAACAUUACGUAUUAUGCAGUGCUCUACCACUGAAAAAAUCCAGGUAAUAAAUAUAAACAUUACUAAUAAGGUUAAAUGAGACUUUUCCAGUUAUCAGUUGAAUUGUAUUAGAGUGAUAAACUUUUAAUUUAAUUUGAGGAAAACCAUUUGAUAAUCUACAUUCUAAAUAUUUUUUUAUGCAAAACAAAUUAUAAUUUUAGCAAGCAAAAAUAGGAAUUUAUGUAUACCACUGCAUGAUUUCACACAUUUGAUAUUAAAUAUACUGAUGUUAACUU